ACAACGAAAGUCAUUGUUGGUUUCAUUUUCCGGUGCUUCAAAAGCAAAUCGUUGGAUUUAUUACUCCACUCACAACGAUCGGCAGUUUGGCUCACGGGAAAACAUCCUUCUAUUGUGCUUCGCGUGUUCGUGUUUAGUUUGUAGCAAACAAACAAAAGACUUCGUUUUAGUUCGAGGCUUUUCGUGGCAAAAGCAUCAUGGACCGUUUGUUGCGACUAGGAGGGGCAAUGCCCGGACUAAGCCAAGCGCCGCCACCCUCGGAUGCGCCCGUGGUGGACACGGCGGAACAAGUUUAUAUUUCGUCCCUCGCCCUGCUGAAAAUGCUGAAACAUGGCCGAGCCGGUGUACCGAUGGAAGUGAUGGGUCUGAUGCUGGGCGAGUUUGUCGACGACUACACGGUGCAAGUGAUUGAUGUAUUUGCGAUGCCUCAGACCGGAACGGGAGUGUCGGUCGAAGCGGUUGAUCCCGUUUUCCAAGCGAAGAUGUUGGACAUGCUCAAACAAACUGGACGCCCGGAGAUGGUUGUUGGUUGGUACCAUUCACAUCCCGGAUUUGGCUGCUGGUUGUCGGGUGUCGACAUUAACACUCAGCAAUCUUUCGAGGCAUUGUCUGAGCGGGCAGUUGCCGUCGUUGUCGAUCCGAUCCAGUCGGUCAAGGGCAAGGUUGUAAUCGAUGCGUUUCGACUAAUCAACCAUAAUAUGCUCGUGCUCGGGCAGGAACCGCGUCAGACCACUUCCAAUCUGGGGCACCUUCAGAAACCCUCCGUGCAGGCGCUAAUUCACGGCCUGAACCGCAACUACUAUUCGAUUAGCAUUAACUAUCGUAAAAACGAACUGGAGCAAAAGAUGUUGUUGAACCUGCACAAAAAAUCGUGGAUGGACGGGCUGACGCUGGCCAAUUACGAGGAACACUGCAGCAUCAAUGAGAGCACUAUCAGCGAAAUGCUCGAACUGGCGAAGAAUUACAACAAGGCACUCGAAGAUGAGGAGAAGAUGACGCCCGAACAGUUGGCGAUCAAAAACGUUGGCAAACAGGAUCCAAAGCGUCACUUGGAAGAGAAGGUCGAUACGCUGAUGUCCAACAAUAUCGUCCAGUGCCUCGGUGCAAUGUUGGACACGAUCGUCUUCAAAUAACGGCCUCCAAUGGAUGACAGGAGAACGUCGAGCGUUUUUUUUCUAUUCCACAACUUCGUUCAAUGUGUUAUUGUGCUGCGGGAAAAAGUUCCCUCUAACAUGAUAAUUAAAAAACCUCUCAACAUCGGGGGACUUAAUGUCUCA